AUGAGUCAGAGCAGCGCGGUGGUUCUCCCCGUGCUCACCGUGCAGAAGACGUUCGUGUGGGUGCGCUCGGAGCAGAUCGACCUGCAGGUGGUCGGCGCGGCGGAGCUGCAGGAGGCCUUCGACGCGUUCCCGUACCCGACGAGCCAAGAGAUGGCCGCGCUGGCCCAGCGCUGCUCCUUGCACCCGGACCAAGUCAACGUGUGGUUCAUGACUCAGAGGCUGCGCUACGGCAUCAGCUGGGAAAAUGAAGACAUCCGCAACCCAAAGUCCGGCUCAUGCAGUCCUCUGACCCACCGCAACGCCAAGACGCUGAGGCGCAUGUCAAUGAUGCGGACGGCCUUCCUGCAGUGCCAGUACCCGGACCCCGAGCGCUACAGCCAGCUGGCGGAGGACAUCGGCAUCUCCCGCAAGCUCCUGGUGCAGUGGUUCAACAACGUGCGCUGCUACAUCAAGAAGUCGAAGCCCCGCUGGAUGAGCGUGAAGCAGCACAGGCAGGUGCUGGCCGCAGUCCGGUAUCGGCAGUACAUGAGCAUCUUUCAGAGCUACCAGCACGUCAGCGGGGUCGCUCAAGAGGAUCAGGGGCUGUUCAGAGGAAGGAAGUGA